UGGGCGCUUAACAGCCUUAACUUGCUCUUCGCACGCGGCGCGGAAUCAUCCGCGGGUACCCGCGGCCGAGUCAACUGCUGUAUUUGGUUGCACUCAACACGUUCAAUAAGAUUGUGAUAGGCAGAAACCCAGUUCCAUACUUAAACAUGCAAAUCUCACUCGUCACUCCAACAUUCUUCUCCAUAGCAUUAGCACUUUCUCUCAUACAUUGGACCUCUACUUUUUCGAAAUGGUAUCCUCAACAAACCCCAACUUCAAACAACUCCGCGUGGCAGUAAUUGGUGGAGGUCUCGGAGGUCUCUCUGCUGCCGUCGCUUUGCGUCGUGCUGGUCAUCUUGUUGAAAUUUACGAACGUCGCGACUUCAACGUAGAAGUCGGUGCCUCCAUCUCUUGUGCCGCCAAUGGAACCCAGUGGCUGCGAGAAUGGGAAGUAGAUAUUCCCGAUAUGAAACCUGUUAUCCUUAUGAAGCUAGUAAUGCGCGACUGGGAGACUGGAAGGAUUCUGAACCAAUACAACUUGGAUAAAUAUGAGGAGGAAUGGGGAAAUGUCUACAACAUGUUACAUAGACAAGACAUGCAUGCUACUUUGCUCAAGACCGCGACUUCUCCAGAAGGCAAAGGAACGCCAUGUAUAGUGAAAAUCGACCACAUCUGCGAGACAGUCGAUUCAGAAGCGGGAACCGUCACGUUCAAAAAUGGUGUUACAGUCAAAGCGGACAUUAUCAUUGGUGCAGAUGGUAUCCGGUCUGUUGUUCGAGGCCAAAUCGGGGUCGUACCAGACAUGAAGUCGGCUCCGCAGACGUGCUAUCGCCUUAACGUCAAAAAGUCAGUUGUUGACGAACUAGGGCUUGUGAAGUACUCUUAUGAGCCAGCUAUUCAGUUCUGGGGUGGUCUUCAAGGCAAAAAUGGUCGAUCCAAAUAUUACAAGAUUGUGAUGUCGCCGUGUUCUGAUGGAGAGAUCGUUUCCUUCUAUUGCUUUAUGCCAACUGAAUUAACAAAGCACCACGAAGAGGGCUUUACCUUCGCGGAAGUGCCAGUAUCAGACGUUAUUGCCGGACGGUACGACGAACUAGACCCAGACUGCGUGAACCUGUUGAAGAAUUCGGUCGAUCGGAUGCCUUGGCGCCUGUACGUUCAUCAACCUUACGACCGGUGGUUCGCGGGCAACACUUGCAUUCUUGGUGAUGCAGCUCAUCCCAUGAUGCCCCACCAGUCUCAAGGCGCGUGUCAGGCUAUCGAAGAUGCCGCCGCUCUAGGUAUCAUCUUCUCCGACAAGUACAACUUUACCACAGAUGUCACCGCCGGAUUGGCUAUGUAUCAGACAAUUCGAAAGCCCAGGGCAACCAGAGUACAGUCUGCAUCUGCGCGCGCAACAGAGAAUUUGAACGAGAGGAUCGGUUUUACUAGCUUGACACCUCAUGACGCGUCCUUAGCUGCUGCAGAGGGAAAAUUGACCAUUAAUGAGAUGAACAGCUAUAAAAUGCACAAUCAUAUCGCGACCGAGGUGGACAAGUUAGGAGGUGGAAUGGGCCCUACUAUUGCAGUGAUGUGAACGUAAAUACAGGACGUCUAGAGGCAAAGAUGGUUGGUUUUGACUUUUCUGGGUGCUGGUGAUGAUUUAUUACGAUAUUCCGCGCUGAUUGUAUUUUCUUGUUCCCACUCCUUUCUCCGAGUUCUUUGGUCGGAUUAUAUGUAACUAAAGUGAAGCACGAUCCCGUAACACCAUUUCUCUCCAAUUGCGAUCCAUUGUCCAGUUACACUAUGAAAAUAUCGUACCUUUGUGCGGCCUGAAUAUAUUCUCACUCUCUAGUA